ACUGAUUGAAGGAGAAAAAGGAGAUUUCGCAAGGUCAUGAAAAAUAGAAAGGAGAAAUCGACUACCGUACGACGAGUCAUAGAAUCUACUCCGUGAAUUUUCCUCCCUCUCCCAUCCCCAAAAUACAAUUAACAAACCCUAAUAUCAAACAACUGAUCUUUCCCCCGGAGAAACCUGGGCGAAUGAGAAUUUAUUGUCUCCCAAUCGUGCCUUAAUCUUUCCCCGAAAUUGACAUCUAUGCCCUUCUUCCCUACCCAUCAAAAUAAAAAAAAUAAAAAAAAAACUCUUCACUCAAUUUCAAGCUCUGAAGCUCCUUAAAUUUUGCUUCUAUUCAGUGGAUCAGACUUGGGUUUCAUUUAAAUUUGUGUUUUUUUGAGCGGAUGGUUUGAGGGGCUUUCAGAGUAAUGGGCAGCAGUGAGAUGGAUAAAACUGCAAAAAAAAAGGAGCCAAAGACACCACCAUCUACUAGUGUGCAGGAGCCAUCCUCGACCACUAAUUCGGGUGCAGUAAAUGCAGAUUGGUCAGGAUUUCAGACAUAUUCUCCCAUUCCUUCACAUGGGUUCUUGGCAUCAAGUCCUCAAGCUCCCCCAUAUAUGUGGGGGGUUCAGCAUAUGAUGCCUCCCUAUGGUACCCCACCACAUCCUUACGUUGCAAUGUAUCCUCAUGGUGGGAUAUAUGCGCAUCCAUCCAUUCCUCCAGGAUCUUAUCCUUUUAGUCCUUUUGCUAUGCCUUCCCCAAAUAUCAUUGUUGAGGCUUCUGGAAAUACUCCUGGAAGCAUGGAAGUGGAUGGUAAGCCUUCUGAUGUCAAGGAAAAAUUGCCAAUUAAAAGAUCAAAAGGGAGUUUAGGCAGUUUGAACAUGAUUACUGGAAAGAACGAUAAUCUUGGUAAAGCAUCAGGAGCUUCUGCUAAUGGAGUUUAUUCUAAAAGUGCUGAGAGUGGAAGUGAAGGUACAAGUGAUGGCAGUGAUGCAAUCUCCCAGAACGAUUCACAAUUGAAGUCUGCAGGAAGACAAGAUUAUGGAGAAGUUGAAGCAUCACAGAAUGGAAGCUCAGCAAAUGGUCCUCAGAAUGGAGUUCCAAAUACAAUGGUAAAUACAGCAAUUCCUAUUGUACCUAUAUCAACUGCUGGGGCUGCCACAGCUGUUCCUGGUCCCACAACAAACUUGCAUAUUGGGAUGGACUACUGGGGGAGUCCAGCUUCAUCUACCAUUCCUGCAAUCCGUGGAAAGGUUCCUUCAACUCCAGUUGCUGGAGGGAUAGUAACUCCUGCAUCUCGGGACAGUGUUCAGUCACAGCUAUGGUUACAGGAUGAAAGGGAGCUUAAAAGACAGAGAAGGAAGCAAUCAAACAGAGAGUCUGCUCGCAGAUCCAGGUUGCGUAAACAGGUGGAAUGCGAUGAACUGGCUCAGCAUGCUGAAGCUUUAAAAGAAGAGAAUGUCAAUCUUAGAUCAGAAAUGAGCCGUAUCAAGAGCGAGUAUGAGCAGCUUCUUGCAGAGAAUACCUCUCUCAAGGAGAGGCUAGGAGAAAUUCCUGGGCACGAGGAUCUGAAGUCUGGUAGGAAUGACCAGCAUACAAAUAAUGAUGAACAAACAGAGCUUGUGCAGGGUAGUCACUAGGAUUUAUACACCCUGUUUCAUGCCUCUUUCCAGGGGCAUAACCUAACCAAAUUAGCUACAGAAAGUUUUUAUUCUUCAUAGCAUGUUUAAAUUUUAUCAAAGCUGACCUUGAUAGUUUUUAGGUUCCCAUAUCCCUUAUAAUCCAUCGCCUGGCUUGUCUCAAAGCCGUAGGAUGGUAUGUAGACUGAUAUUAUGUGAUACCUUUCUCUUUGUUGAAAGAAGGAUAGUAUGCACAGUUUUAACUUUUCGAGCUUGUUUAUGUUAAAAUAUGAUUGAUGAAUGUGUGAUUGAGAGAAGUAAUGAACGCUGAUUCAUUUUAAUAGUUAGGUACUGGAAGUUAUUUGGUUUACCACAUUUAUUUAUUCCCCCCAAUUGCAUUGGAUUUGUUGUGCUCGUAUCCUUUCUUUUAUGGUGUAUGUUUCUUACCAUGAGCAAUGCCGUUUUUGCGUCAGAUUCAAGUGAUCAACCAACACAACACGAUCAAUAUCAAUGUCUGUUACAAAAUUGAGGUUGUAACCAACAUGCCAAAUCUUUAAAGUAGAAACAUCAAACGUAUGUCCAAGAGCCAUUAGGUUAUACUAAAUAAGUUAAUA